CAAAUACUCAAAUAUAAGGCUCCAAAAAACACAAAGUAAAAACAAAAUUAAAUCCAAAAUCAAAAAUUGAUUAAGAAGGAAUACCUUGUACCUUGUAGAGUUGGCAAUAACAACAACAACAUCAACAACCCCAUUAAAAUUAUCAGCUCAGCAGCUGUUGCUUUAGAGUAGAAUUUGUAUUACUUUUGCUUCUGCUAUUUUGCUCUUUCCAAAUACUAUAAACCAACAAAUCCAUCCUUCAAUUUGCAGUUCAGCUGCUCCUUUCUUGCUACCUACUGCUUUCUCUCUCUUCUUCUCAUAUUUAUUGCAUUGUUUGUUAAAUCUUAAUCAAUUUCCCCACUUCGUACAGUAAUCCAUCAUUACCAUCUUUUUGAUUCAUUCAAUUUCUGUUUAUCCCUAACAAAUUAUUUUCUGGGGUUACUUCAAUUUCUGUUUUUCUCAUUUAAAUCAUCUGGGGUUACUUCAAUUUCUGUUUUUCCCAUCAAUUUCAUCUGGGGUUAGUUUAAUUUCUGUUCUUCUCUAUUAGUUUCAUCUGGGGUUACUUCAAAUUCUAUUCUUCCCUAUUUAAAUCAUCUGGGGUUACUUCAAUUUCUGUAUUUUCCCAUUAAAAUCAUCUGGGGUUAGUUUACUUUCUAUUUUUCCCCAUUAAAAUCAUAUGGGGUUUACUGAAUUCCUGUAUUUUCCCAUAAAAAUCAUCUGGGGUUAGUUUAAUUUCUGUUUUUCCCCAUUAAUUUCAUCUGGGGUUUUAUCAAUUCUUGUUAAAAUCAUCUGGAGUUAUCCCCAUUUCGGCGUCGUAGCUGUUAUCUUCUGGGGUUGAAGAAGAAGAUGCCGUUGGUGAGAUUUGCAGUGAAAAAUGAAUAUGGUUUGGGAGUUGAAGAGCUUUACAAAGAUGCAGUUGAGUCUGAAGAUCCUAAAGCUGUUCUUGAUGGUGUGGCUGUUGCUGGCCUUGUUGGUGUUCUUCGCCAAUUAGGUGAUCUUGCACAGUUUGCAGCUGAAGUUUUUCAUGGUUUGCAAGAGCAGGUUGCCUCCACCUCAUCUAGAAGCCGUAAAUUGGUUAAUCGUGUUCAACGGAUUGAAGCUUCACUUCCUUCACUUGAGAAGGCUAUACUUUCACAAACAGACCACUUGCGAUUUGCCUAUACACCUGGCUCUGAACGGCAUGCUUAUAUCAGAACUGAGCGAAAUCUAUUUGUCUGUGAUGACUUGCCACAUUUUGUCAUGGAUUCAUAUGAAGAGAGCAAAGAACCUCCACGCCUGCAGUUACUUGACAGAUUUGACUCUGGUGGCCCUGGAUCUUGCUUAAAGAGAUACUCAGAUCCAGCUUUUUUCAAGAGGGCAUCAACUUGUUCUGAAGUAUCUAUCAGUGAGAAAUCUCAACGAGAAAGAAAAGUUCGGAAAAUCAAGAAAAGAAGAUCAUGGCAACGGAGUGGAAAUUUCCCUAAGUCUGCACCAACUCUGAAUGGCAGCAGCAGGAUGCAAUUCUCUUCUACAGGCCAUGGGCAAUCUUCUCCGUCACAUACAGGUUCCACUUUUGACAUGACAUUCAAAUCAGAUCUGGGAGAUCAAUCAGAUUCACGUGGCUCAAAGGAUGGCAUGGAUUUUAUUGAAUGUGAUUCUCAUCCAACCAUAUCUACACAGCCAGAUGAAACAAAGAAUAAGGGAUUCUCUUCUUUAGCAACGCACGCAAAAGUAAAUACUAGUCGAUCAACAUACCCUGAUGAGCAGCCUGCCAUUGACAGUGAUGAUAAACCGUGUAGUCAUGCUGUUGAGACUACGGUCCCUCGAUUUUCUAGUGCCACCUGGGAUGAGCUGCUGGAAACAGUUGAGCCUACGAAAGCUGAUUAUGAGAAUGAGGAUACUCAACAAGUGCUCGCGAAUAACACUUCCAUUCAUGAGCUUGAGUUUGAGCUUGUCAAUGGAGAGGGUGCCAAUCAAGUAUACAAGUUAUCUGAACAACGAAGUAAUCCAAGUUUUGAAGCUAAUGUGUGGGACAUGAGAAGAACUAGCUCUGGGAACUUUAUGGAGCCAACUGGAAUGAAUGAUAGAGUUGGGGAAGGUGAUUUUUCUAAGAAAAAAAUCGACCUUCCAAAGCAUCAUUUGGAACCUCAUCUAAAAUCUUGCACUCCUGUGGCGGACUUGUCUAUCGACGAAAAACUUCCAGAAUCAGCUAUUAAGAGCAACUCAAUAAGUGAUCGAGUGUACAGGAGGCAGGGAACAGAUGAGGCUGAAAAUCUUCUUAAGGCUGAUUUUGAUAUUGCUAAGAGGGAACUGGAAAUGAUUGAUUCUGAACAUGUUAGUGCAGUGGAUGCCUUUACAGAAGGUGAUAGUAAUGUUAGAGCAAUUGACUGGAAUUUGCAGGAAUCAGAAACAAUCAAUGCUGAACACGUUAGCCAGGUGGAUUCCUUUUGUGAAGGUGGAAACAAUGUAAAAGUAAUUGAAUGGAACGAGCAGGAUUUGGAGACCGUCAAACCAGAACACAUUGAUGAAGGGGAUGUCUAUUCUGAAGGUGGAAACAAUAUGAAGGUUGUCGAAUGGACCCACCCAGAAUUGGAUACAAUUACUGCAGAGCAUGGUAGUGCGAGUGCGAUGGAUAACUUUUCUGAAGAUGGAAAUAACACGAAACUAAUCAAAUGGAACCACUGGGAACUGGAGGAACAAAAUGCCGAAAAUUUUAGUCAAGUGGAUACUUUUACCGAAGGUGGAAACAGUGUGCAAGUGAUUGAGUGGAACCAGUUUGAUGACAUUGACAGUGGAACAGAAAAUUUUGUUGAUGCACUCAAUACAAUUGAAUCAGAGUCUGAAAGUGAUUUUGAGACCGAAAUGAAAAAGGAAGUACUAACAAUAGGUUUUAAAGAUGAGCUAGGAGAAAAUGUGACAAAUGGACAAACAUUAAAAGUUACAAGUCACUACUAUGAUCAUAAGGGAGGAGGCUUGGAAAAUAUAGAGAGGUCAACUAGCUCAGUGUCUUCAGCCAAUACAUGGUCUCCUGACCGUACUUGGUCAGCCCAUGACAAGCCAGAAUCAACUUUAGGCAUGAAAAUGGAAGUUGCAACGUGCCUAUCUGAGGAACAGUCUGUGCAAACCAGCCAACCAGCUCCCCUCUUCAAUAUUCCACAAGGCUUAGAAAAUCUAGAGAGGUCAACUACAUCUGUGUCUUCAGCCAAUACAUUGUCUCCUGACCGUUCUUGGUCAGCCCAUGACAAACCAGAAUCAACAGCAGACCAGAAGAUGUAUGUUGCAACAUGCUUAUCUGAAGAACAGUUCGUGCAAACAAACGGGUCAGCUGCCCUCUCUAACGUUAAAGGUUUAGAAAAUUUGGAGAGGUCAACUAGCUCUGUGUCUUCAGCCAAUACAAUGUCUCCUGAUCGUAAUUGGUCAGCACAUGACAAGCCAGAAUCAACAGCAGGCCAGAAAAUGGAUGUUCCACCGUGCUUAACUGAAGAACAUUCCGUGGAAAACAACCAGUCAGCUAUCCUCUCCGAUCUUCCUCAAGGUUUAGAAAAUUUAGAGAGGUCAAUUAGUUCUGUGUCUUCAGCCAGUACAUUGUCUCCUGACCACACCAAAUCAGCCUGUGACAAGCCAGAAUCAACAGCUGGCCAGAAGAUAAAUGUUCCAACGUGCUUAUCUGAUGAACAGGCAGUGCAAAUCAACCAGUCAGAUACCUUCUCCAAUGUUCCCCAAGGUUUAGGAAAGUUAGAGAGGUCAACUAGUUCUGUGUCUUCAGCCACUUCUUUGUCUCCAGAUCGCGCUUGGUCAUCCCUUGACAAGCCAGAUUCAGUAGCAGGCCGGAAUAUGGACGUUGUAUCAUGCUUGUCUGAAGAACAGUCUGUGAAAAUCAGCAAGUCAGAUAUCCAAUGCAAUGUCUCCCAGAGUUUUGAUUUUUGUGCUACUGAUCCAGCAGUAAAUGUGGAACCUGCAGUCUGUGAAAUGCCAAAAUCUGGUUCUGAUGCUGGUGGUGACAGGCGGAUUAUUUGUGGACCACAUAUGGAAGUAUCAGCUGGGUCAUCCACCUCCGAUCCAAUCGCUCUCUGGACAAAUGGAACUUUGUUUGGACUAGCGCCUUCAAAACCUGUUGUGUUCAUGCCUAAUGCUGUGGAAUCUACUCCUGCUAGUAAUGGUGAGAAAGUUGGUCAAAGUACUCUUGAUGCCAUGCAGAAGGCUGAUCCUGGAGGAAGACUGUCUUCAGCAAUUAAUAAAUCUGAGCACGGUGGUAAAUUAGGCAACUACGGUGAAGAUGUUAGUUCCUCUAAGCAGUUGUCUCAUCAAAGAUUGAAGAAGACACAUGAUACAUCUGCAGGCCAUGAUAAGGGCAUAAUUAAUCAUCCAGUGAUCCACGAUCAGAGUAAUGGUGAUGCCUUGCCUCUUGAAAGUAAAUUUCAAAUCGGUAGUAAUGUGAAAAAUGCAUCAUCUGAAGUUCCUGGUGCAAGCGAAGAUAGAUCGUCACUGUUAUCCAUGCUUAGUCGUGGUUUGCUGAAAAAUGGUCUGCGCAAGAGUGGGUCACUUGGUUACUAUGAAACACGUGAAAGUAGUAGCCCCUCAAAAGUUAUUGAAUUUGAUAAUAGAUGCCAAGAUGCUGCUUUGCACUCAGUAUCUGAGUCUAACUUGAAAGGAAAGUUAAACUCUCCUGUAAAUUCUCCACCACCAUCACCACCUCUUGAGCAUAUGAAGAUCUCUUUCCAACCUGUUGAUGGCUUUGAUACGUCCAGACUAAAGCUCAAAUAUCCAGAGGGGGUUGAUCACUAUGAAAACACUUUAGAUGCUUUCCCUACAUUUCAGUUGGUUCCUGAGUCCACUAAGUUGCAGCAUGAUAUUGGUUCAGAUUCUGAUGAUGAUACAUUUUGCCAAUCAUAUGCCUACAUGUCAGAUGAUUCCCACAGCCAUCUGUCUGACUCAAAUUCUGAACAGUGGGAGUUUGGCGAUUCCACAGAAAGUAAUAACCACACACUUUAUAAUGGAUUGCACAGAAUCUCUUCAGCAGAUUCAGCCUCAGUCUCACCACAGCUCGAAGAAGCAGAGCAUGGAAACAUGCAUUUUGGCUCUGCAUCUGUCAGCAAUGCGCAUUUGCUGUCUCAUUCUUCAUUUGGCUUACCAAUUUUGGAUGCCAAUAAUCCAUUUGGUUGUCAAGAAAUGAAACUGUGUCUAAAUCCUCCAAUAGAUUCUUCCCAUCUACAGGAGCCAACACAUGAGCCACCUCUCCCACCUAUGCAGUGGCGGGUUUCCAGAUUAUUGUUUGAUGAAGUAGAAGACAACCAAGAUCAAGAAUCUGUUAGUCUGGGUCAAUCUUUUGUUCCUAAGCUUUCAAACUCUGCCAUUACUCACCCAGCUAAGGUUGACUCAGCUAAGCUAAUGAACACAACUCAGGAGUCUGCUACAGUUACAAAACCUAAGAAGGUGGAAGAUCAGAAGUUUGGACUAGAACAACCAUAUCAUGCCGAAAAAGAUAAAGUUUUGGAUGACAAAGGGGAUUUUCUGCACCAAAUCCGAACAAAAUCCUUCAAUCUUAAGCGCGCAGAACCAACACGGUCAAUGUAUACACCUACUCCUGCCACCAGUAACAAGAUUACAGCAAUCCUGCAGAAGGCAAAUGCAAUUCGCCAGGCUGUUGGGAGCGAUGAUGGUGAGGAUGAUAGCUGGAGUGAUACCUGAUUUGUUGGGUGCAAUUUUGCAGUUAGUUCUAGAACAGCCUUGAUUUUAGCAGGUCCUUUGAUAGUAUUAGUCAGAUUUCUGCGUCUGUGAUCAUAACUGUGAAUAGUAUCUAUUCUGUAAUUAAUUAGUAGGGCUAACGUAGGUUCUUAAUGUAGUCACUCCUAUUGUAUACAGAAGUAAACCUUUUCUUAGUAGGUUCUUGGCUUUUUUUUUAUCUGUAAGCUCCUAUGGUAGAACCGUAAAAACAUCUUCUGCUUCCUUAUAUCUAUAUGAUAGCUUUCCUUGAAAAUAAAGCAUCAAAGUUCAGUUCUAUGUUUGGAUCUUCAACUUUACGUGCCAGUUGCCACUGCCCUGUGCUAUCUUGCUGCUUGCAUACUGUAACAACUUGCACAACCAUAUCUGUAAGCCAUGGCUUGGAUGUGUUUUUGCAAAGAACGGCAUGGCACUAUGCGAGUGUGCGUGCACGACUGGUUGCUAGCUCGUGUGCUGGAAUGAUUAAUUUGGUCUCAACGUAAAUAUCUAAGAUAAAACUUAAGGUGGCCAGUGAGCCACAUGACUCGGCAUGACACGGUAAGUGUGUCUAACCCUUGGGGUGGCCGGUAUGACACGAUGUGGCUGGCAUGAUCGUUGGGGGCCUAGCUGCCUAAAGUGGAAACUUGAUAACACUACCACUGCCACUGACAUCGACUCAUCCUUAAUUGUAUCUCAGUUGGCAUGAAAUGCAAAAUUAGUGUGGUUACUGGUUAUGUUCUUUCGUGUAAUCUUCCUUUCUUUACUUAGUUUAAGUUGUAACUAUGCUUUUCAUUUAUAGAACUCUUUGUCAAAAAAAAAAAAGGACUAGUUAUUUUCUAACUUCUAAUGUAAUACUACCUCUUUUUUUAUUUAGUUGA